UGGAUAUCGACGGAUUUGAGGGAGAUAGUUGGAUUGAGUCUGUUAUCCCGGCGCACGUUAUAUCCCUUUAUAUAUCACCCUUAAUCCCUCAUAUCACCCUUAAUCCCUCUCAUAUUACCCUUAAUCCCCUCAUAUUACCCUUAAUCCCCUCAUACAUAUCACCCUUAAUCCCUCCACAUCCAUCUUAAUCCUCCGAUGUCAUCUUCAUAUCCUAAUAUCCCGAAUAUACAAUGAAAUACACAGAUUUAUAUGCCUUACCACAAGACGACCCUCUACGUGUUGAACAUUUCCGCCUUUUUUCGAGAUUCUAUGGGCGUUUUGACGCCAAACGCCGUUCAGACAGGACUUUAACUAGGCAUGAAUGUGUAGUUAAUGAAGCGGCUGCUCAAUUAUGUUUAUUGAGGCCCGAUUUGCUCACAAGAAGAGAUCAACUCUUUCCGCUAGCGAGAAAAUUAGCCCGAAUGUUUGAAACGCCCACUGGCAAUAGUUUCUCCUCGUUUUUAAAUUCAUGUACAAAUAAUUCGAGUACAUCGCCAGAGCAUUCUCCAACAGAGUUUUCUGGGGAAGACAUUGAGGGUAGAGAAGAAAAAUAUAAAAGGGAGCAAGUAGAAGAAGAUGAAGAAGAGGAAGAAUUGAAGGAAGAGGAGGAGGAGAUGAAGAAAAGUGAAGAAAAGAAGGGAAUUGGGCAAAUGUGA